UUUUCAAAAUUUUGAAAAUUAAAAAAAAAAUAGGAAUCUCCGCUUUAUACAUGUAUAUAACCCGAACCGCCUCUUCUGUAUCUUCGAAUUUUCCUCUGCAAAAUUUCUUCCGACGAUUCUUAUUCCUGAUUCCAACGGAUCAAGCGACGGAGAAGGUCCGACAAUGGAGGCGGUAGAGAGGGCGGAGAUGGUGGAGGAAGGGUGCACGACGCCGAGAAGCAGAAAAUAUCGAAUCCCUACGGCGUCGGUUUGUCCGCCGCCGCCGAGGAAGAAAUCAAUGGUGGGGAUGAAGCGAGAUCCGCCGAGGAAUGGGUUUUUUCAGCCGCCGGAUCUCGAGAGCUUGUUCUACGCGCAGCCUCGACGAGAAGCUUGGGCUUAGGGUUCUAGGGUUUGGUCUCGUCGGUCUCUGUUUGGGGGUGGGGGUAUUAUACAGUGUUUGUAUAUAGAUGUUUCUCAGGGUUUAGGUACUUCUAUAUCAGAUUUUUUUUUUGUUUGGUUUGUAUUGCAUUCGAAUUUGUUCAAAAAAGUACUAUUCUUUUUUCAGGCUUCUUACAGUUUUUCUCGUUGUGUUCGUCAAUCUAUUGAAUCAUCCAUCACCGGUAUUUUGCUUC